CCAAGUGAAUCCAUCCACCAGUUCCUUUGGAACCAAUACUGAGGUGAAAGCAGAGUUUGGAGGAUUUACUUCAACACCGGACAAGACAAGGCCCCCACCUUUGAAAAGGAGACGCCUUGAGACAUUGCUGGAUGACACAGAGGAUCUGGAUGAUGCUGAGGAAGAACCAGUUGACAGUUCUCAGUCAACAUAUCACCCCAGCAUGUCUUCUUUGAGUGACUCAACCAUUGUCAGCCCUCCAACACCAAAACAAGAUAUUGUAAAAUAUCUUGUAUAUGAAGAUUGCCUCCUUGCUCUGUUCCAUGACUGUCCAAUCUGUCAGCGGACAUGUGAGCUGGAGAAGUAUGUCAGGGGAACAUUUUUGUCAAUCAGACAGAAAUGUCCUUUCUCUGACUAUUCCAGGCAGUGGAAAAGUCAGCCGAUCAUCGGCAGCACCCCAGCAGGCAACCUGCAGUUAUCUGCUGCAGUACACUUUACUGGCACGUCAUUUAGACAGAUCAGCAAAGUUCUGUCUGCACUCAAAGUCUGCAACAUAGUAGAGAGCACAUAUUUCCUCCAUGCCUCAUCAUUUAUGGAGCCAUGUGUUUUCGCUGUGUGGAAGCGGACCCAAGCAGACCUGAUCCAGGAAACAAAGAGUAGGCCUGGGGGAGCCGAGCUUGGGGGUGACAUGAGAGCCGACAGCCCGGGACACUGUGCAAAAUAUGGCUCUUACUCAAUGAUGGACCUCAACACGGGAAAAAUUAUUGAUGUCCAGUUGGUGCAGAGUAACGAAUGUGGCGGCAGUGCCAAAAUGGAGAAAGAGGGCCUGAUCAGGAGUCUCGAUUUCCUGGAAAAAUCUGCUGUGAAAGUUGCAUCAAUUGUUACCGACAGACACUCUCAAAUCCAGAAGCUUUUGAGAAUUGAGAGGAACGAUAUUGAGCACUUUUAUGAUGUUUGGCAUGUUGCCAAAGGUGUUUCGAAGAAAGUAGAGGCUCUGGCAAAGAUGAAGGACUGCAAUGAGUUAAAGAGAUGGCAGCAGAGUCUGGUAAACCAUCUGUACUGGUGUGCCAUCUCUUCCUCAUCGGGUGAAGAAGCUGUAGCUAAGUGGACAUCAUUCAGUAAUCAUGUCCAGAACAUCCACAGCCAUGACAACGUCCUCUUCCCUGAGUGUCUGCACCCUGCCUUGGAUGGAAGCCGCCCCAAAAAGUGGUUGAAAUCAGGUUGUAUCUCGCUUCGCUGCAUUUUAAUGAAAAUGGAAACAGGGAACAGCUGACGUCUAGAGACGGAACACCAGCAUACAAGAUCAAAUACCCCAAGCACAAGAAAGGAAAACACACGAUCCAGCCACUGAAGAAAAAAACAUCAUAUGCCUAUGUGGACAACCUAAUGCGCGUCUUCUUCGACGAGGUGCUGCAUGAACCAGCAAAAUUCACUGUUGAGCUUCAGGAACUGAAGAUCCCAGACACCCUGUGUUCUCAGUUCCACAGACCAGACAAGCAAGAGGCUGUUGCUGCCUAUGUAUCUCGCUUCAGCCACUGAUGCACUUUAUUUAUUUUGCGUCUUGGCAGACCUCAAACACAAAUGACAUGGCAGUCUAUUCUUUCUGGUUGAUUAUUUUAAUUCAUAUGAUGUUUAAUUUCAAUCAUUAACAGACAGUGCCUGGAGUCAGGGUCAGGACAACACA